AUUAUUACUAUUAUUUUUAUUUUACUUUUGCUAUAAUUUAUUAUCUCUCGACUACAACUCGACUCUCCGUCUCCUCAGUCCACACAACUUGCACUUCCGUUCCGGGGUCCCCUACACACCUUUCCAACGUCGUCACCGUCACUGUCGUCGUCGCCGUCGCCGUCGCCGCCGUCGCCGUCUUCUCUUUUUUUUGACGCGCGUACACUUCGGCGCACGAGUGCACGACGUCCUUGUCGGUGGAUUAAUCGUUUGUUAUUUUUUCUUAUUAUUAUUAUUAUUCACCAUCCGCCUUUAACAGUGUGUUCAAAUUUGCCAGUAUAGUCAUAAUAACAAAAAGAAAAAAGUCUAUUAUCAUUAGUUCGAUCACCUACUUCUGACCCACCACCAUCACCAACGUCGAAUUAUUAUUUAUUCAUUUCCGUAUUUAAGUCAUUCACACUAGGCGUCUACAAAUUAGUCACUUUUACCAAAUACCUAUUGUAUCACCUCUGUCGUUCAGACACUCGUUGCGCAUCACCUGGGAGGGCCGACGGACCUCCUACAACCAUCGAGCUGAUUGUAGGUACUGGAUUAAGGACUUCAAAAGUCAAUUAUUUCGAACUUCGAACUUUAUUGACAUCGGUUUGGAAUAAGUGCUGUUGUUUUAACCGGAAUAAUAUAAUGUUGUUUAUACAACACUAAUAGUAAGACAACAUACCUAGUAAAUUCACUUAGGUAUGUCACGCAAACAAAAAUGGAGAUCAAACCCUGAUAAUGAACAAUUGGAUGAUUCACCUAUAUCACUUACUAUUGAAACACUAACAGGUACAGCAUUUGAAAUUACUGUGUGUCCAACUGACUAUAUAAGUUCAUUGAAGUCGCGAAUACAACGUGUUGAAGGUAUACCAGUGAACCAGCAACAUUUGCUCCUAGGAGAAAAAAUAUUAUCUGACCAUACAACUAUAGCUAAUAAUAAUCUUCAUGAUGGAUCAACAUUGCGAUUGGUAUUGUCCUUACAAGGGGGACCCAUUGGCACUAGCCGUAGAAUGCUACCCUUGGAUAAUGAAACCAUUCGACAAUUGGUUAAUCUAAAUAAAAAAGAAAUAUUGGAGGAUGCACCUCCAGGUAGUAAGCUUGCAGUCUUGAUAUUUCGUGAAGGUGAAGUUAUUAACUUACUUCGUGUUAUUGAAAAUAGUGAUGGCUCUUUAACAAAUUUAAAGGAAUCCUCUAAAAAAAUAUCUACAGUAGAAUUACCAAAAAAGAAAAAAUCUAAGCCAUCUGUUGAAAAUAAUACAACAUAUCUUAAGAUGAUGCUGUUGAAACAUAAUUUAGAAACACUAUCGAUUUCAUCAAAAUCUAAAUUAAAAAGAACAAAACCUGAGCAUCGUAAAUCAGCUUCAGCACCAGAAAAAUCACAAAUGAAGACUGAAAAAGAUAGUAGCAAGCUACAUACAUGGAGAUUACCUAUUGUUCAAUCUACUCCGGUUUUGGGAAAGUAUGUUCGUAGUGCUGAAUUCUCAAGAAUACCAGUUUUGCCAACCAUCACAAGUACAUGCUCGGAUAAGAAUGCAAAAUCAACUACAACAAGACAACUUUGCCAUAUCAUGAAUGAACCUAGACAUAGUGGUAGUACUUCAAGCAUUGACAGUAUCUCCGAAUCUGGUACUGAUAUUGAUGUGUCCAGUACAGAUUGGUCUAGGCGUCCUAGUAGUUCAUCGUUGGUGUUAUCCCAUAACAUCCACAUAAAUGUUUCUAGACAAGCAUCACCGACUGAACAAAUGACUGCCAUGUCUCUAUCCAACAAUACGGGAUUGGGAGCUAUACAUAGGAUACUGAAUAGAUCGGACAUGCCUAUUCAACUUGAUGAUGAUGAAGAACCUAUGGAAUCAGAAAGUAAUAGAGUGGAAAAAAAAUCUCCAACUAUUGUACCUGAAGAUCUGAAUCAGACUAUACCCGAUCAAGUCGUUGAGAAAAAGAAAAAACGAUGCGCUCAAUGCAAUAAGAAACUAACUAUUAGCGCUCAGUACACAUGUCGAUGUGGGCUUACUUUUUGUCCAGUACAUAGGUACUCAGAAACGCACAAUUGCUCCUACGAUUAUCAAAAAAAUGGUCGCAACUCUAUUGAAAAGAACAACCCUUUAGUUGUUAGGCCAAAGUUACCAAAAAUUUAAUAUGUUGGUUCAGAACGCAGAAUACAUAAUAUAUCUUAUUUGUAGAUGUAACUUAAUAGGUACUCGUGAUUCACAAAACCUUUAAUGAUUGUCUGCAUAUUGAAUUAUAAAUAAUUAUUAAAAUGCCUCGUUGACCCAUUUUUUCAUAACUAUGCAAUACUUGUUGAGUACUUUAACUAUAUAAUAAUUGACUCAACAUUGUUAUAGAAGUGGUUUUUUAAGAGCUUUUUAAGUGUUCUAACACCAACUUACUAAUAUAGUUGUGUAAUGUUGACUAUCUUCCAUUAAAGCAAUUUAUUAAACUUAUUAUAAGAUACUACUCAUAAUAUAAUAAUUAUAAUAAUAAAUAAUAAUACAAUUAUAGCAUUUUUGGUUGUUAGAAUUAAACUACGGGUAAAAAUGUAAUUUAACCAAAAACUUUGUAUUUUUUUUUCCUAAAUGACCUUUUUUGUUUGUAAAUUUAUGAUGCCUAUAUUUAUGUUUGUUAUAAGUUUAUUGGCUCUUUAAAAUAUCUGUAACCUGAUAUGACAAUAAGACAUAAGUGGUGUAUUGCAAUGAAUGUUGAAUUAGAUUUGAAAUUAAAAAUUAGUUUUAUUUGUGUUAAAAAAAAUAAAAAUACAUGCAUAUUAUCUUUAUGUGCACACAAAACAACUAUUUAUUUUAUUU